AGAUAGAGGGAGUAAGGAAGAGAGAGAGAAUCGGGGUGUUGCCGCCUCUGAGACACGCUCACGCAUCACAGAGUAACAGCGUCAGGGCGAGUACACAGCAUCCUAUCCUUUUUCUCCGGGAAAACGAGGCUGCUUUGUGAAUUAUUGAACACAUACAAAACCUCGUACAUUAUCCAGGGUAAUCACAGCUGAGAUAUAGCGGGGAUAUAGCGAUAAGAGGAGCGCGAGUUUGUGGUGGAAAAGAGAAAUCGGGGAAAAAAAGCUAGAGGACCGUUUCAGCACCUUGGACAGCGACCAUGGCUCCAGUGGUGGAGGAAGGGGCUCAGAUCGUGGCAGUACCAGUGGGUGUUGCUGUGGUGAGUGUGUUCGGCCUUGUCUUCACUGUGUCAGCCUUUGCGUGGAUUUGUUGCCAGCGCAAAAACACCAAAUCCCAGAAGACGCCUCCCUACAAGUUUGUGCACAUGCUCAAAGGGGUCGACAUCUACCCAGAGAGUCUCAGUGGCAAGAAGAAAUUUGCUGCUCCUGCUGCCACGACAACUAAUGACAGCAGUAAAACUGAUGUUAAUGGAAACUGCCACAUUGCGUCACCACUGACUCCAAAUGGCACCGGCAAACUGGCAUCCAGUCCAAAUGGUUCCAGACCAGCUCUGCAUCUGGACCUGGAGAAACGGGAUCUCAAUGGCAACAUCACCACCAAACCCUUUCAUCACCACCACCAGAAAGUGCGCAGCUCCCCAGAGCUGGAGCUGCCCUCACCCCAUGCAGGGUUUACCCAACCGGGUGUGAUGGACCGUCGUGACCUCCCCUCACCUUCCAGCACCCUUUCCAGCCAGGCCCCCACCCCUGCUGUGGACAAGCCUCAAGGAGAGGAGAGGGAUGGCGGUCUCGGGACCCUGCACUUCUCCCUGGAGUACCAGCCGGAGAGGAAGGCUUUCAUUGUCCAUAUUAAGGAAGCCCAUGGCCUGAGUCCCACUGAUGAGCAGUCACUGACCUCUGACCCCUACAUUAAGCUGACCUUGUUGCCAGAGAAAAAGCAUCGGGUGAAGACUAGAGUCCUGAGGAAGACCCUGGACCCUGCCUUUGAUGAAACCUUCAGCUUCUAUGGGAUUCCACUGGCCAGAGUGUCAGAGCUGGCCCUUCACUUCAUGGUGCUGAGCUUUGAUAGAUUCUCCCGGGAUGAGGUCAUCGGAGAGACCCUUGUUCCCUUGUCCGGGAUCGAUUUGACAGAGGGGCGUGUCCUGAUGAGCCGAGAGAUCAUCAAGAGGAAUGUCAAGAAGUCCUCAGGCCGAGGCGAGUUACUGCUGUCCCUGUGUUACCAGUCCACCACCAAUACUCUGACUGUGGUUGUCCUCAAAGCUCGCCACCUGCCUAAGACUGACAACAACGGACCUACAGAUCCUUACGUUAAGGUCAACUUGUACCAUGGAAAGAAGCGUGUAUGUAAGAAGAAGACCCAUGUGAAGAAGUGCUCCCCCAACCCAGUCUUCAACGAGCUCUUUGUCUUUGACCUGCCCUCCGACGAGGGCCUGAGGGACACCAGCGUGGAGCUGCUGCUGAUGGACUCAGACACAGGCAACUCACGCAGCUCCAACACUGUCCUCGGACGCCUGGUGCUGGGCACAUCAUCGGCAGGCACCCCAGGAGAACACUGGAGGGAGAUCUGCGACCACCCACGUCGGCAGAUCGCCAAGUGGCACGCCAUGUCGGAGGAUUAGAAGGUGGAAUCUGUCCAUCUCUAGUCCGAUCCAAUCACAAAAGAAAUAGAACGAGUGGGAUUUAACAUCCUAUCUGGGAACCGUUGGACUUUGAGUGAGGGUGGGGAAAGGUGGGGAGGGGGCUGGGACUUAAAUGUUUUGGGAGAGUCAUUUGAAGUGAUGCCAUCAUUCAGUCAAUCAUUCAAUCACUUAUAUUUGAAGUUAUUGGGGUUCAGUGGAGAGGGUGGGGCAUGACACAUGGAACCCCGUAGCUUUAAAUGAUUCCAAAGACUGCCACUUAAAAUCACCUGGAAACAUGCAACAUCAUCUCCAUGGCAACAACUAAUUGUCACGGUAACCGUGUGCAGUGCAGAAUGUCUUAAAUGUUGCUAUUACUCUUCUUUUCCUCCUCCUUCUUUUCUUCUCCUCUUUCCUUGGCUCUUCCUCCUAUAAAUAGUAACUUAGUCCAUUGUAUGAAAAACAGAAUGAACCACAUCUGACAAUGCUGAAAAAAAUGUGGAUUAUUAAAACUUAUUUUAUAAUAACAGUUUUAUUCAUAAAAAAAAAAAAUGUAGAUUGUUUUUUAUUUGAGUUUUCGUUUUGUACUAUUUUAUUUGUUGAACAUGUUUUGUAAGUAUAAGUGGUAUUUCAUAUAUCAUUACUUAAGUAUGAGAAAGCCUAAAUUAGGUGGUUUGACAAAAGACUGGAACAGACUGAGUGCAUUGGGGACAGUUAUGUGGAUGGAUUUGUGUGUGUGUGUGUGUGUGUGUGUGUGUGUGUGUGUGUGUGCGCGUGUGCGACUGAGGUGUGUGCUUGCCUGAAGUGUGUAUGGAUGGAUGGAUGUUAACUCUGAAGAGACGUGAGCCACAUAAUGUUUACUGUAGACGUAUUGUCCCCCUUACUGUGAGCACAAAGAUGGCUGAAAUGUAAAUGUAUGUACCUUACUAUAAAAUAUGGCAAGUUCUGA